AGCUAGUAAUCAGUAAAGUAUGGAGGUGUGGAGAGGGUUACUGUUAAUAGUGGUUACGGUGAUGAUGAUGAUUGAUAUGCAGGGAAGAGGAUCAGAAGCACAAUUAGUUGAAAAUUUUUACAGCUCUAGUUGUCCAAACGUUGAAUCCAUAGUGAAGCAGGCAGUUUCUACAAAAUUCAGCCAAACCUUCACGACAAUUCCGGCUACUCUACGACUCUUUUUUCAUGACUGCUUUGUGGAGGGAUGCGAUGCCUCGGUCAUGAUAUCCUCACCAAAUGGGGACGCAGAGAAGGACUCGUCGGAUAAUCUUUCAUUGGCCGGAGAUGGGUUUGACACCGUCAUCAAGGCUAAGCAAGCCGUUGAAGCGCAAUGUCCCGCCGUCGUUUCUUGUGCUGACAUUUUGGCUCUUGCUACCCGCGAUGUUGUAGUUCUUGGAGGAGGUCCGGACUUCAACGUAGAAUUGGGACGUCGAGAUGGACUAGUCUCCAAAGCCUCACGGGUCGCCGGAAACUUGCCGGAACCAUCAUUUGAUCUUAAACAACUCAACACUAUGUUUGACAAACACAACCUAACCCAAACUGACGUCAUUGCAUUAUCUGGAGCACAUACUCUAGGGUUUUCACACUGCAACCGCUUCGCCAACCGCUUGUACUCAUUCUCAUCAUCCUCCGCCGUUGACCCGUCGUUGGAUUCCGACUACGCCAAGCAGCUGAUGUCAGCCUGUCCUCAGGAUGUGGACCCCAGCAUAGCCAUCGACAUGGACCCUCAAACCCCACGAACGUUUGACAACGCGUAUUACCAGAACUUGGUUGCCGGAAAGGGCUUGUUCACCUCGGACGAGGUUCUUUUCUCCAACUCGGCGUCUCAGUCUACUGUCGUGGACUUUGCUAACAGCCCCGGUGAGUUUAGUGGAGCCUUCAUCACUGCCAUGAGGAAGCUCGGUAGGGUCGACGUUAAGACUGGUAGUCAAGGGGAGAUUAGGACGGAUUGCACCGCCUUCAAUUCAUGAUCUCUUUUUCAUGAAGCAAUAAUGUUAUGCAACGCUAGCUAACUAGGAUUGAUUCAUCUAUAUUGUAUAAAAUAAAUGAAAGGAGAAUCGUAAUUUCGUAAUUUUUGGUCACUACGUUUUGAAUUAUGUAAUUUUGAUCAUUUUGACAGUAAUUUGAGUGUAUAAUUAUGAUCUCUAU